ACCAAUGCCAAUCGACCUGCUAAUUGUCGGUGCCGGUCCAGCAGGUCUUCUGGCGGCCUGCUGGGCCUCCCAGUACCCGGUAUCAACGCGCAUUAUCGACAAGCAUCCAUCACGAAAACCGACCGGUCAUGCAGACGGAAUUCAUAGUCGGACACUGGAAAUCCUCGAUAGCUUCGGGAUCGUAGAUCGGAUCAUGCGAUUGGGUGCCCAGGAGAUUGAGAUGUGUUACUGGGGUCGCGAUGAGAAACAUGGGAAGCUUCAGCGGGAGAAAAGACUGCGAAGCCAGCCUGAGGAAUUGUCACGGUUCAGCCAACGACUUCUCAACCAGGGGAUUAUGGAGGAGGUGAUGAUUGACUAUUUGCGCGAAAAGGGAGUGCAGGUCGAAUGGAACACGGCGGCUGAAUCGUUGGAAAUCAAUCAUGAUGACUUGCCUGUCGUCCGUGUUAGUCGUGGUCAAGGUGAGAAGGACACAAUAAAAGCACAAUACGUGAUCGGCUGCGACGGAGUACACAGCUGGACGAGACACCAACUUCAGAUCCCAAUGGAUGCACUGUCUGCGCCCUCUGAAGAGUCUACCUGGGGUGUGAUGGACAUCGUCCCAAUCAGUGAUUUCCCCGAUAUCCGCCAAUCCUCCGCCAUCCACGCUUGCUCGAGAAGCGGAAUUAUGCAGCUGCCGCGUGAGAACCGUCUGAUCCGGUUAUACAUCCAGCUCAAGAGCGACGACGAGUUGGCACAACAAGCGAUACAAAACGCACACGACGAGACAACGCCAAAGCGGCUAUUGCAAAUCGCUCAGCGGACAUACGAACCAUAUAAAAUGGACUUUAAGCGCUGCGACUGGUGGUCGUUGUAUCAUAUAGGACAACGACUAGUUCCGGAGUAUAGAAUUCGCAAUCGGAUCUUCCUUGCCGGCGACGCAGCCCACACACAUUCCCCCAAAGGAGGACAAGGCAUGAACGUGUCCAUGCAAGACACGCACAACCUGGUCUGGAAACUUGCCUCUGUUAUUCUAGGCCAAGUGGAUCCAUCCAUUCUCGAGACGUACAACUAUGAACGGCGCCCUGUAGCUCAGGAGCUCAUGCGCAUGGACUCAGACCUCGUGCAUGCUUACGAGCAGCAACCCGGGACGGGCGGACAUACCAGCAGUGUGGAUGAGAUUCGAGAACGGUACACGGGGUUCAUGACGGGGGUGCAGGUGAAAUAUCCGUCGAACAUUCUUGUUACAACCAGAAAAGACAGCAUGGCGAGGAAUCUUGGGGUGGGAAUGAGAUUGCCGUCGUUUCGAGUCGUUUACCAGGCGUCUGCGUCUCUACUGCAUCUUGCAGAGAGACUUGUCAGUAAUGGUUACUGGAGGAUACUUGUAUUCUCUGGGGAUCUUCACAGGGACCAAAACCGACGUUGCCUCGACUCUUUUGCAGAAGACUUCAAACCACGUCUGGAGACCAUGCGUAUACCUAUCGAAAUGCUGUUGGUUCAUUCUAGUCCUCGAACGGAUAUAUCUAUUCUGGAUCUCCCUGAUAUCUUCCACCCGUUCGAUGAGAGCUUCGGAUGGGAUUAUUCCAGAGUAUUUGCGGAUGUGGAUGCAUAUGAAGGAUACAGAGUCGAAGAUGGGUGCGUCGCGGUUUGUCGGCCGGACCAGCAUGUCGGCUGGAUUGGAUCCGAUGUCGCUAGUCUGGAGGAAUAUUUCUCUUUUGUAAAUUCUUGUGCAUAAAACCUGACUAUAGAUACCAUUCAGGUGGAUUGGUCCAUCAAAUCUUCGGCUGUCAGUGCUGGCAUCUGCUCAAAGCUCGGUAAACAUCGGGAUUUUGAAGCUGGAAAUCCACCACCAAUCAUCCAAGCGCCUUGAAAGAGAAAAAAGGGAUAUUUCCGGGUGCCUAGCAUCGAUAUACAAUGAAUAAAAAAAAAAAUACUACUGC